CUGUUGUUGUAAGAGAUGCAAGAGAACGACUCUUCCUCCAAGAUGUGCUGGGGUUCGGUGAUUACUCGGUCUUAAAAAUCAAUUUUAGCUUUUAUAUAUUCUUUUUACUUCUUACAAUCAUGAUGGAUGUUUUCGUAGAGGUAUUGUCCUUUAUUCUAGAGCAAUACUUUGGCUGGGAUGAGUAUGAAAUCUCGGCAUUAUGGCGUACGAAUCCAGGAAGAAGAAGAAGUAUCGUUCGACAGAUUGCAAGUUCUUUACCCUCCGUCUUCCCAAGGCUUUAUUCUAAACGCAGUAUUAUCAGAGAGAUUGCCAGUCGACUGCCCUUGCGCUCUAUCAAACGUCCACACUUCCAGAUUGGAUCAAAUGACAUACAAAAUGAACUAGAAUAUACAGAAGGAAGUGAUGAAUGGAUCAUGGGUCCUGAGUACUAUGACGACACAUUCAGUUGCAUUGGAUCAGAUAGAGAGAGCUCAAGUGGAUUUCUAUCUCUGGCUGAUGACGAUAUUGAUGAUGAACUUCUAUCUAUCUGUGGUGACGACAUUCCAAAGGAUACUACAGAGUGCAUAAAAUUAUCAAAUAUUGACAAAGAACCUGACAUUCUUAUGGUCAAUAAUGAAGCCAUGAAGAAAAUUUCUGCUCUUGAAGAAGAACUAAAUAGACUUAGGGCCCAAAUUGCUGGCCUUGUGGCAGCCCCUCCCUGUACACCAUCUUUGCCACAAAUAGGGCCAAUGACAUCCACACCCUGUACCCCUGGGGCAGCACCACCACCACCCCCUCCCCCUCCUCCACCACCACCAGCUGUUUCAACUCCAGUCAAGUCUGUCAUAGAUGUCAUCAAAGAGAAUCGUUCCAGAAGAAAAACUAUUGCAGGCCUGCCUACAGACAAACCCUCUAAUGUUCCAARCAUGACAGAUGUUCUCAAAGGUCUUGGUUCAGUAAAGCUUAAAUCAAUUGAAAGAUCACCAGGAGGAACCCCCGUGAGAAACAAACCCCUUGAAUCAGAAGGAAACGAUCCUUCUUCAAUAAUCGCCAGGGCACUGAAGAAAAAGUUUGCCCAUAGAAGAAAGCUAAAAAAUGAUGACUCACCAAGCUUAGACAAGGAAAAUAUGUCUUCAUUUUCUCCUUCUCCAAGCAGAAGUCCUAAAAUACCCCAGUUUGGGCCUCAUCUAUUAAAACCUGCCAAAGCUCGAAGAUUAUCAGGGACUGAUUUUAUUGCAAAACCCUUACACUCAAGUCCAUUGGCUGAGAUAAAUGCUUAGCUACUGAAUAAUACUGAUAUCUGGAGACUUAGUAAAAUAUCCUUCAGGCAGCCUAUUUUUAUUCUACUUGCAUUCAGUGGAAGUGUUGUCUGCAUAACUGGAAACAACAGUUGUUGUUUCCAGUUAUGUUUACAGUUGCUGAUCGAAACAACUACUUGGAAAGAAUAUUAGGAGAGACCAAAAUAAUGCAAAAAUCAAUUCAAACAUGCAAAACCUUUAUUUUAUUUCAAUUUAAUGUACAUAUUAUUAAUUUCUAAAUAUGUUUAGGAUGUAUGAACAAGUAAUACAUAGUAGCUUGCAUGCAUGUUUCAAAAUUUAGAACUUGAACAGGCUAUAAUCUCACGACUGACAUAUGAAACAAUGUUAAAAGAAAGCUUUUUGGUGUUGUUGGAGUUACACACACAUCAAGCACCUUUUUGAAUUAAAAUCUAAAAAGGAUGA